AUGAAAUCCAGUGAAGGAAUGUACAGCGUGAUCGUUGAGGAAAAGAGAUCAGUGCAGGAGACAGAAGGCGGUGUUUCCCAUUAUAUCCCCGUUCAUGUGAUUUUCAAUUGGGACUGGACGGUGGAAACCAUGCUAGAGCACAUUUCUGCUAGGACGAUCAGCGGCAAAGACCACGAGCCAUUGAAGCAAAUCGAAGAAGGAAGCCAUUUUCAAGUGCUCCUCGACAUCGAAGGAUGCUUCCAGUUGACAGUGAAUGGACACGACGAAUAUUCUGUCGCAGGAGGUAAAUUCAGAUUCGCAUGCCACAUACAUGCUUCAAACUUCGAAUCGAGGAUCAUUUGCGAUACAGGAACCAUCGAGACAAGCCAGGUUUCGGGGAUGAGCAGACUAUUACAAUGCCUGAUGCAAAGACUGAGCUCGGAAGAAUUCAGUUUGUCAAAGCUGAGAGAUAUCACAGUCUUCAAGCUAGGUGAAGGAGAGGAUGAGUUUGCGCAAGGAGAGUGUGAUCCAACGGUGAGCGACGCAGACCUCAACCAGAUUUGGCAGUGGAACUCGACUGUGUUCCCAAGCAUCGACCGAUGUAUGCAUGACGUGAUCAUGGAGGUUGCUCGCAGACAGCCCGAGGCCAUCGCUGUUGAAGCUUGGGACGGCAAAAUGACCUAUGGGAUGUUGGAUCAUCUGUCAACAUCCAUUGCCAGUGAACUGAUUGAACUUGGUGUCCGGAGAAACGAUAUCAUCCCUCUUUGCUUUGAAAAGUCCAUGUGGGUUGUGCUCGCCUUGUUUGGCGUGUUGAAGGCAGGAGGCGCCGCGCUUCUGCUAGAAUCGUCGCUGCCCGAGUCCCGUGCCCAGGCAAUCCUUGACCAAGUAAAGGCUCCACUGAUCCUUUGUUCUCGUGCUCAAGAAGGAUUAUGUUCCAUAUGGUUUCCCAGCCCGGUAGUUAUAAGUGCAGACUCGGAACUCCUGGGAGCUGGCCAUGAGGACUGGGUCCCUCGCAUUUUUCCCACCCUUCCCGCCGUUUCUCCCUCCGAUUUAUUAUAUGUUGUGUUUACUAGUGGAAGCACUGGGACCCCAAAGGGGUGUCUCAUCGAGCAUCGGCAUUUCAGCAGCGCAGUGGUGCAUCAGAGAACGACCCUUCGGAUGAAUAGCACCUCGCGUGUCUAUGACUUUUCAUCGCAUUCAUUUGAUGUAGUCUGGUGGAGUAUUUUUCAGACAUUAUCAUCCGGGGCUACCCUAUGCAUUCCCAGUGACGACGAAAAAAAAAGUGAAUUAACCGAGAGUCUGCAUCGCUUCGGGACAACAGAUGUAUUCUUGACGCCGUCGGUCGCUCGCAUAGUGGACGUUUCACGGGUUCCCACCUUGAGAAAUAUCUAUCUCGGGGGGGAUGCAGUUACGAGCGAGGACCUAGGCCGCUGGAGGCCCGGCGCCAAUGCAUCUAAUAUGUACGGGCCCGCCGAGGCCACACCAGCCACCAUCUAUAUCCGAAACCGAGACUCGAUACACACUCGACCCUGCAUCGGCAAGGCUGUUGGUGUUUCAAGCUGGAUCGUGGAUCCGGCAUCCCCCGAGGACCGGCUGGCGCCUGUGGGUACCAUUGGUGAGCUUUACUUGGAGGGACCUCUUGUUGGCCGAGGUUAUCUCGGUGACGAGCUCAAGACAGCCGCUUCUUUUAUACAAGAUCCUGCCUGGCUACUGGCAGGAGCACCUGAUGGCACGGUCCCUGGAAGAUCCGGUAGACUUUACAAAACUGGGGAUAUGGUCCAGUAUGAUCCCGCUGAUGGAACCCUGCUUUUCAUCGGAAGAAAAGACACGCAAGUCAAAUUGCGAGGACAGCGCAUCGAGCUUUCAGAGGUAGAAUCACAUUGCCGACAAUAUAUGGCGGAUAUGAUCCCAUCCGCGAUGGUGCCAGAGUUGGUGGCCGAAGUCAUCGUUCCCAAGUGUACGGCACAACCAGUCCUCGUGCUAUUUAUUCAGGGAAGUCAGGAUAUGGCAAAAACCUUGCAGGUGACUUUGGAGCCCGCGUUGCGAAGCCGACUGCCUUCAUAUAUGAUCCCUGGUGCCUUCAUAUCACUACCUACCUUAACUUUAACGGUCAACGGCAAAAUGGAUCGGAGGCACCUGCGCGAGAUCGGUAGUAAUCUUUCCCUGGAACAGUUAACAGGAUUUACUGCCUCAAAGACUGGCCAGGCCCCUCGCACAAUCUCGGAAAGAUUUCUUCAGAGGUUGUGGACGACGAUUUUGGGUGUCCCAGCUGGCCGUAUCGGCACAGAGAGCAGUUUCCUGCGUCUCGGUGGAGAUUCCAUUUCUGCUAUGCGACUGGCCGCAUUGGCUCGCGAGCAGGGAUCUAUUUUGACAGUCCAGGAUAUAUUUUCUUCGCCUACGCUGUCAGGAAUGGCAAGCAUUAUGACCAACGCGGAAUCUGGAGACGUUAUACACAGUUACGAUGUGAUCCCUUUUUCGCUCUUAAAAGGCCUGUCGCCCAUUGAUUCAAUCAUCAGCGAUAUAUCUAAGCAAUGUGACAUCGACGUCUCUCAGAUCAGCGACGUAUUUCCCUGUACGAGUGUGCAGAAGUCCCUCCUGUCCCUGACUGCAAUGCAAGACAACUCAUAUGUAGCUCGAUUUAUACUCCCUCUCAGAAAUGAUGUUGAUUUCGAAUGCCUGUUUCGAGCCUGGGAAGAAGUUAGCCGGACGGUUGCCCCAAUUCUUUCCUGUCGCAUCGUCAACAUCCCAGCCGAAGGGCUUCUUCAGGUACUUGUGAACGAGCCCCUGCAAUGGGAGAUGAGUGACGAUUUGGAAGCGUAUCUUGAGCAGGACUUGAGAAAAUAUAUGGGCCUGUCAACACCUCUCACGCGGCUCGCACUAAUUGAAAAUACCGGGACCGGGUGCCACUACUGUGUCCUCACCCAACAUCAUGCCACACAUGACGGCUACUCAAUGAACUUGCUUCUCGAGGAGGUAUCAAAGGUAUAUGCUGGAAAAGUCAAGCAGAAACCGGUGGUCCCUUUUCAGGCGUUUAUUAAACAUAUAAUGAAGACCGAUCGAGAGGAAGCAAAGGGUUUCUGGCGCCAGCAAUUCUCCGAAUCCGAAGCAAUUUCAUUCCCAGCAUUGCCCCAUCCGAAUUACAAGCCUCGCGCUGAUUGUGUAGUGGAGUGCGAUCUUGCUGACUUUCAAUGGCCAAAUCUAGACGCCACUCCCUCUACCAUUCUUCGAACUGCCUGGGCGAUCCUUACUGCGCGCUAUACAGACACAGAUGAUGUUGUGUUCGGAGCUAUAGUUACAGGACGACAAAUGUCCUUGCCGGGAGUCGAAAGCAUAAUUGCACCUUUGAUCAACGCGGUGCCGGUCCGAGUCAAAUUCGAUUCUAAACAGAGUGUUGAGCGGCUGCUUCAAGAUGUGCAGAAACAAUCUAUUGAUAUGAUUGCGUACGAACAGACAGAGCUUCUGGACAUCCGUCGGAUCGAUGCAAAUACCGAUCGUGGGAGCCGUUUCAACACUCUUCUCGUCGUCCAACCCUCGGAUUAUGACCAUGUACUCGACACACACAACGGACCAUUUGAAAUGCAAACGGGUAUGGCGACAACAAACAGGGCUCUUGUGGAAUCGAACCCAAAUGCCGUCAUGAUUAUCUGCCAAUUGACUAAGGCUGGCAGUCUCCGCUUGAAGGUCACCUUCGAUUCCAAGAUCGUGGAUUCGGAACAGAUGGAGCGUAUUACAGGACAGUUUGAACAUGUUGUGCGCCAGAUCUGCACGCUUCAAACUCAGUCGGUUGAUGCCGUUGAGACCAUCUCUCCACGCGAAAUCGACGAGCUUUGGGGUUGGAAUUCGCCUCUGCCUAGUGCCGUACCUGAGUGCGUCCACGACCUGAUUGGUAAAACCAUCAAACGACAGCCUCAGGCCCCAGCAGUAUGCUCCUGGGAUGGCAAUUUGACAUAUGCCGAACUGGACAACUUGUCUACCUAUCUCGCCUCCCUGCUGAUUGCUCGGGAAGUGGGGUCUGGGGCCAUAAUUCCUCUCUGUUUCGAAAAAUCCAUGUGGCACCCCGUCGCCGCCCUGGCAGUGAUGAAGUCUGGAGCGGCCUGUGUCUCGAUGGACGUGACCCAACCUGAAUCACGUCUACGGUCGAUUGUCAACCAGGUCAGCCCCUUGGUUGUUCUAGCCUCAGCCAUCAACGCAGAGCUGGCAGCCCACCUGAGUGACGCGGAUGUGAUGGUGAUAGACCGCGAUCAUCUUUCAGGCUGGUCCCAAAGCCUCCAAUUAGCCCCUUUGCCCCAGGUUCAUCCCACCGAUGUCCUAUAUGUUGUCUUCACUAGCGGUUCCACAGGCACUCCUAAAGGUGUGUUGACACAACAUCAAAACUUUUCCUCAGCCUCCAUUCACCAAGAGGACAUACUUCAUAUUCGAGGAACAUCGCGAGUUUUUGAUUUCGUCUCAUACAGUUUCGAUGUGUCCUGGUCCAACACCUUACACACUCUGAUCUGUGGUGGCUGUCUUUGCAUUCCUUCCGAAUGGGAGCGGCGCAACGAUAUCGAUGGUGCCUUCAACCGGAUGAAUUGCAAUUAUGCCUAUCUGACGCCGUCCGUGGCUCGAUCCGUGAGACCGUCUGCGAUUCCAAGUCUCCGUACGCUAGCGAUGGGAGGAGAGCCAAUCACACGCGCAGAGGUCUGCCGUUGGACGCAGACGGAGACCAUUGUGGGAAUAUACGGCCCGGCUGAAUGCGCUCAAGCGCUCUCCUUUACCCGACUGAACAGCGACAGCCGCAACUACCAUGUUGGCCACCCUUUUGGUGCAAAGACCUGGCUUGUACAGCCUAAUGAUCCAGAUCGGCUGGCCGGAAUCGGAACCGUCGGCGAAUUGCUCAUAGAGGGCCCUACCGUCUCCCAAGGGUACUUGGGGAAUCCUGAGAAGACUGCCGCCGCAUACAUCAAAAACCCACCGUGGCUUCUCCGGGGCGCUCGAGGGCACUUGGGUCGGCAAGGAAGACUAUAUCGAACAGGGGACCUUUUUCGGUAUAAUUCUGACGGAUCGCUGGACUUUCUGAAUCGCAAGGACGGCAUGGUCAAGCUUCGCGGUCAGCGAGUGGAACUGGCCGAGGUUGAAUAUCAUGUUCGUGCUCAUCUCCAACGCCCAGAUCUUUGGGACGAGAUAGCAGCGGAGAUUAUCACACCACAGAACGGCAAGAAUGCCAUUCUUGCCGUUUUUGUUGGCCUACGGAAUAAUAAGGAAGGAAUGAUGUCUGAGGAAAACAUCCUGACGGAUCUGGCAUGCGUCAUUCAAGGGACAGAAGAGAAGCUCUCGAAUUGUGUACCUCAAUACAUGCUUCCAGGCGCCUACAUCCCAAUCACGAAGAUCCCAACCACAACAACCAACAAAGUUGACCGGCGAGCCUUGCGAAUCUUUGGCAACACUCAUACUCUUGAGGCGCUGGCCGGAUUGCAAUCUCACGGCAAAUCUCUUCGCGCGCCAUCCACGUUCAUGGAAAAGCGCCUCCAAGAUCUUUGGGCCACUGUCCUGGGAAUCGAGGCAAGUACCAUCCAUGCAGACAGUUCUUUCUUUCGGAUCGGGGGAGAGUCCAUUGCUGCCAUGCAGUUAGUCUCAGUGGCCCGGAAAAAGAAGCUUUCGUUUACUGUCGCGGACAUUUUCACCGCUCCUCGGCUGAGUGAGCUCGCAGCCGUGAUCAAGGAUAUGACCUAG